GGCGCUGGGCUCGGCGCGCAGCGGGGCCCGGGGCGGUUCGGCUCCGUUCUAACCCUUUUUCCCGUACAGCUCCCUCGAUGGCCGGGUGCGUGUCCAAGGUAGAGCUGUCGGUGUCCUGCCAGAGCCUCCUCGACAAGGACCUGGGCUCCAAAUCUGAUCCACUCUGCGUCCUGCUCCAGGAUCUGGGUGGGGGCCAGUGGGCUGAGCUGGAUCGUACGGAGAGGGUCAAGAACUGCCAAAACCCUGAAUUCUGCAAGAAACUGGUUGUGGAUUACUACUUCGAGAAAGUGCAGAAGCUGAAGUUUGGUGUGUAUGAUAUCGAUAACAAGUCCUUUGAUUUGAAUGAUGAUGACUACCUCGGAGGGAUCGAGUGCACACUGGGACAGGUUGUGUCCAGCUCUGUGUUCACCCGACCGCUGGAAUUGAAACAGGGAAAGCCAGCAGGAAAGGGCACCAUUACAAUUUCAGCAGAGGAGAUUAAAGACACCAGGGUUGUGUACUUGGAAAUUGAAGCCCAAAACCUGGACAAAAAGGAUUUCUUGGGUAAAUCAGAUCCCUUUUUGGAGUUCUACAAGCAGAGUGACGCUGGAACAUGGCAGCUGGUGUACAGAUCAGAGGUGAUUAAGAACAACUUAAACCCAUGCUGGAGGAAGUUCAGUGUUCCCUUGCAAACAUUCUGUGGUGGAGAUUUUAAUAAACCCAUCAAGGUCCAGUGUGCAGAUCAUGACAGUGAUGGGUCGCAUGACUUGAUAGGCACUUUUGAAACUACCCUGACUCAGCUGCAGAAAGGUGGCAGCUCUCUGGUGGAAUUUGAAUGCAUUCAUCCUGAGAAGAAACAAAAGAAAAAGAGCUAUAAAAACUCUGGCAUUAUUAGGAUAAAAUCCUGCAAGAUUGAGACAGAAUAUUCGUUCUUGGACUACGUCAUGGGAGGCUGCCAGAUUAACUUUACAGUGGGUGUGGACUUUACUGGCUCCAAUGGAGAUCCCAGGUCACCAGAUUCUCUUCACUACAUCAGCCCGGAUGGGAUAAAUGAGUACCUGAUUGCCAUUUGGAGUGUGGGAAGCGUGGUCCAGGAUUAUGACACGGACAAGCUGUUUCCUGCAUUUGGGUUUGGAGCUCAGGUUCCUCCUAACUGGCAGGUGUCUCAUGAGUUUGCUUUGAACUUCAACCCCAGCAACCCUUAUUGUCAAGGGAUCCAAGGAAUAGUGGAUGCCUACCGCCAGAUCCUGCCUCAGAUCCGACUCUAUGGGCCAACCAAUUUCUCUCCUAUUAUAAACCAUGUGGCAAGGUUUGCAGCGCACUCGGCACAACAAGGAACUGCUUCACAAUAUUUUAUCUUGCUGAUCAUCACAGAUGGAGAGAUCACUGACCUGGACCAAACUAGGCAAGCCAUUGUUAAUGCCUCUAAGCUGCCAAUGUCCAUCAUCAUUGUGGGAGUUGGCGAAGCUGAUUUCAAAGCAAUGGAGUUCCUUGAUGGGGAUAAUGGUGUCCUGAAGUCUCUGACAGGAGAACCAGCUGCACGAGACAUUGUCCAGUUCGUGCCUUUCCGACAGUUCAAAAAUGCUCCCCGGGAAGCACUUUCCCAGACGGUUCUGGCUGAAGUACCUAAGCAGCUGGUGUCCUACUAUAAGUGGCAGGGAUGGCCACCCGUGAAACCACCUGAAGUAAAGAUAAUGUAGAUUGCAGCCUGACCUGGCUGCCUGUGGCACCGCGGUGAAAAGAGCUGUCUGCACCCAUGCUCUCCCUUGCACAGUAUGGGGGCUCAGCACCUCAAGAUCAUACCAUUCACACGAAUCUCUUACCUGCUUGUGCUCUGUAUCUUCGAUCUUUGCUGUUCCUCAUCAGAGGGAAUGUAAAUACAGAAGAAAACCACAACUGCUGGUAGUUUUUAUCACAGGAAAACCAACCUUGUUGGUUUUUCACAUUGAAACAGUGGCACAUCAUUGCUUGACACGACGCAUUUGCAGCUUGGUGUCAGAGCAGGCAUGUGCAUUGCUUCAGUGCUGAGUUUAGUAGGAGAAGUAUUGCUGUAAUGAUACUUAUCAUGUAUUCCAUGAUAUUUUUUUUUUUUCCUCUAUCAAGCUGCCUUGGGAUUUGGGACCCUUCUGUCCUGGUUGGUACCAAAGUCUGUUGGUUGGAUGCCUGAGGCAGUUCUUGUCGUGCCUUUCUAAAGUGCCAGUAUAUUUUUAUAUGUCGAGGUUUAUUUUUACAUGUCAGUGACCAUAUUUUGCCAUCUGAUUUUUAGUCAUGUUUUUCUAUUAGUAAGAACUGCUUUUGUGAUGGCCUCUUCCUGGGAGCUAUUGUUACAAUUUAAGAACACUGCACUUUGCUUAUUGGGGGGGGGGGGGGAAUUAAUGGGGAUUAGUCAUUAAUUAAUCAGGGGUAGGGUGAGAUUAAUGAGUCACAUUAAUGUGACUUUCAAAAUCGAGCAACUGGAAACAUUGAUAUAAAGAUGCUUUGAGUGAUUUGUUGUGUGACGGAAGUUACAAAAUUAAGAAGUAACUGUCUGUGGGACCCCAGAGAGGUGCCUCCUUGUCCUCAGAAGGGUGAAUGGUGUGUUACAUGGUCUGGGGACUGUAGAACAGGCUCAUGGUAGCAAAGCACAAUUGUUUUGAGAGACAGGAAUUUCAAAAUAGAGAUAAACCUGGACUUGUCAUUGCACUGUAAGUGGUCAUCACUUUCCGUUUCAUAAAUAAAUAAUCUGCUUUGACUUA